CCUGCUGCUUCGCUUCAGCGGCGAUGAAGCCCAGACUCCUUUGCUGGACCAUUUGCUUUCUCCUUUCCUUGUGGUGCUGCGUGUUGCCCUGACGUAGUCGGUGCCUUUGCGUGAAGAGCACGGUCCACUGCGUGCCCUUGAUGCUGGAUCACAUUUUUUAAGUGCCACAGCGGACCGCAGUUUUAUGUCUUAGAUUUAACAGAAUAAAAUAAAUUCUUGGGAGAGCCUUCAAGAAACUCAAGAAUUUGAAUACCUUUGUGGGUCUCCUUAAUAACAACCGAAUCAGAAAGAUAUCCAGAAAUGCUUUUGAAGGACUUGAAAAUUUGUUAUAUCUUUCUGUGAAACUAUAUCAAUUUUAUGUUGAUAAGAAUUGCAUUGAAUCUAUAGAUUGGUGUGUUUAUGUGUUUUUUGGGUACCUGAACAAGAAUAAAAUUCAUGCUCUUGAUAAGCAAACCUUUUAAUAACUCAUAGCCCUGGGACAGCUGUACAACCAUUUUGACCAAAUAGAAAUACCACAAACCUUUGGAGACGUUUCGAAAUUAGAAAAGUUAUUUUUGCAUAACAGCAAGCUAUCUAACAUCCCAGCUGGGAGCUCUCAUCUGAAUUCAUUAAAGAGACUGUAACGUCUGGAUUAUGAUGCUCUAGUUUGUGACUGUGAUUUAACAUGGCUGGGGGAAUUUAUGCAAAAUUAAAUUCAGGCUGCUGCCAGGUGUGAAUACCCCAGAAGGCUCCAUCCACACUCCAUAGUUUCAGUGACAGAAGAAGAAUUCAAUCGUGCCAAGCCUAGUUUUAUAAUCUAGCCCCAGGACACAGAGGGUUUAAUUCGCACCAGCACAACUUUAAAAUGUAUGGCCACCAGCCGCCUAUACACCCAUGUUACUUGGACUUGGGGCAGUGGAGAGGCUUUGGGUAAACUAGGCACUGUGCAACAGUGUACCCCUGGACUGUGUAACAAAAUCAGCGAUAAAACUUCACAAUUUAUAAUAAACUGCAAGGAUCAGGUGGUGCUAGAAGGACAUGCUGUAGAAUUUCUUUGUGAAACUGAAGGACACAUACCUCCAGCAAUUGCCUGGAGAAAAUCAGGAGGGCGGCUCCUUCAGGAUGGUCAGCAUACAGUUCUCUCCUCUGGCACUUUGAGAACGGACCAUGCAGCAGCACAUUAUGAUCAAGGCUAAUAUGAAUGUCAAGUAGUCAGCCCUUUGCAAGUUAAAAAAAGUGUCCAGCUGACUGUAAAACACAAAGCCCUCUCAGUGUUUAUUCAACUACCUCAGGUUACAAGCACAGAGGUUGGAAAGAAUAUAAACAUUUCAUGUCAUGCUCAAGGAGAACUAUAGCCCAUAAUUACUUGGAAUAAGGCAGGUGUUCAGAUUACUGAUGGUGGAAAAUUCCAUGUCAGUACUUGUGGCAUGUUAACCAUCUAUGAUGCCAGGCAAGCUGACGGAGAAAGAUAUGAGUGUGUGUCUCAGAAUUCUGGCCUUGUUGUGGUCAACAUGUUUUUCACAGUCGUUGCAAUACAGGGUAGAAAAGUUAGAGAUGAUGUGGAAUUAUCCAUUUUUGUAAUAUCUUUUGUCAUUUACAGAAAACCUUACACUUCCAAAGAUCUGCUGGCUCAGUUCUGCUGUCUUCAUGACCCAUUUACCAUGGAGAUAGCAAGAGCAGGGGGGAUUUUUGAGUACACUCAACUGGUCCAGGAACACGUGAAGCAGGGGCUCGCUGUUGAUUUGGAUGGCAGACAAUAUUGUGGCAAUGACUUAGUGUCCCCCUGUUACCUUUGCCUCAUCUCCUGUUUAUCUGAAUGCACAGUCAACAGGCAUGUGUCCAACUGCUCUGACAUGAGGUUCUAUUAGAAGAAUGGAGCCCAGGAUGAAACUAGCGACCUGCAGUACCCCACGUGGGGCGCCGCUCUGGCCUCCUUUGAGCGCAUUCUGAAACCAGCCUAUUAGAAUGGCUUCAACUUGCCUUGCUGGGUUGGCGGCCACACAAUACCCAGUGGCUGUGCAGCUCUGUGUACUAACGACACUCCUUGUUUUCCCAAUGUCAUUCCUUAUACCGACCAUUGGAGAACCCAUGCACCAUGUAUGCUUUUUGUAUGCUCCAGCCCUGUGUGUGGCAGUGGAAUGCCUUCCUUGGUGAUGAGCUCAUAUGCUUGAGAACAGAUUAGCCAGCUCAUGGCAUAUAUUGAUGUUUCUAAUGUUUACAGGAGCUCAAAGUGAGAAUCUCAAGAACUCAGAGAAACAGAGUGCCACCGUCCGCUCCAUAAAGUUUUCUUUUCAUCUUCUAGAAUAAUUAAGAAAGGUUAGAUAGAUCUACAUCUUCGGGGGCUCUCUGGGGUAGCCACUAAGUAGCAGGUGCCUUCUCAACUUCUCACUGAGCAGCUGUUCUCCACAGUCCAUUCUGUAGCCCUGGAUUUGGCUGCCACCAACACUCAAAGGGGACAAGACCACAGGAUCCCUCCAUUUGUUGACAUCAGAGUUUUCUCCAAUGUGUAUUCUGUUGAAAAUUUUGCAGAUCUUCAAAAUGAAAUAAAAAUUCAGAAAUUAGACAAAAAAACUGAAAAAGUAGGUAUGCAGGUGUUACCUGGAUUUAAUACUUUCUUGGGAGAGGUAAAAGUGUUAAAGGACGUUUGCAUAGGUGGAAUUUGUUUUCCUCGUGAUGUUAUUGCAGAGCUUUUAGUAAUUGUUAUUGUGGGAUAA